CUCUCCAACCCCGCGCGGGGAGGAGCCAGAGGGGUCGCGAGGCACUCGCCUACACCGGCGGCUCUGCUUUCCUCCCUCCACGCCGCACCGAGCCCAGCCCCGAGGAAGGCAGGUAGGAGCGCAGCGCCGGCGGAGCGGACUGGAAACACCGGAUCAAAUUCUGCAUUUGGAUCUACCAAAAUAAAGCUUUGGAGGUAGCAGGUUAAACCUCAUCUAAAAAACGGCUGUACAGCGACCCGGUUGCUAACAAAGAGAAGUUUCCUGUGUGCUGCUAAUUUACAUGAUACAGUUCUCAAGUCUGGCAUAAUUUUGUGACUAAGCAGAUUUCCUAAUUACAUCAGUGCUCCAAGAUACAAAGAAAUAGUAUUCAGAGUAACCUUGAAGAUCUUUUGAAGUCACUGAAAAUCUGAUAAUUGAGAGCCAUAAUGGCAGACAUAGGAGAUGGACCAUAUUCGGGGGAAGAUCUGACAGAUGCAAAAUCUAUUCCUGGUUUCAAAGGAAAGAACCUACCUGCUAGCAAGUCUAUGGACUCUGGAAUUCUGCCAGACUACAGUUACAGAAUGGAUUAUCCAGAGAUGGGGGAAUGUGUGAUAAUAAACAAUAAGAAUUUCCACAGAAAGACCGGAAUGUUACCCCGUUCGGGUACAGAUGCGGAUGCUGCAAGUGUCAGAGAAGUUUUUAUGAUGUUGGGAUAUAAAAUAAAGAUCAACAAUGAUCUUUCAUGCGGGGACAUAUUUAAACUAUUGAAAAAUGUUUCUGAAGAAGAUCACAGCAAGCGAAGCAGUUUUGUUUGCGUGUUGCUAAGCCAUGGUGACGAAGGAUUCAUCUAUGGUACAGAUGGCCCUCUUGAACUGAAAGUGCUAACAAGCCUCUUCAGAGGUGACAGGUGCAGAAGUUUAGCAGGAAAACCCAAACUCUUUUUCAUUCAGGCUUGUAGAGGGACAGAAUUAGAUUCCGGUAUUGAGGCAGACAGUGGAUCAGAAGAAACAAUUUGUCAAAAAAUACCUGUAGAAGCAGACUUCCUGUAUGCAUAUUCUACAGCUCCAGGCUAUUACUCCUGGAGGAAUUCAGCUGAAGGCUCCUGGUUUAUUCAGUCACUGUGUAAAAUGCUAAAGGAACAUGGAAGGAAACUUGAACUCAUGCAGAUUUUAACUCGUGUAAAUCGCAAAGUGGCAGAGUAUGAGUCCUGCUCGACUCGGCAGGAUUUCAAUGCAAAGAAACAGAUUCCAUGCAUUGUCUCUAUGCUCACCAAAGAAUUUUACUUCCCUUGCUAAAAGAAUUUCACCUUGUAAUUUUUCAGUUCAUGUUUUUAUCUGUAAUUUAUAUGCAAUGUUAGUAUGGAAUACCACUUUUAAAUCUGAAUUGCUGUUCACUAAUUCUGUGGCAUUACUAGAAGUAAAAUACAGUGUGGCUAUGUUAGAAAUGCAAGCUUGAGUCACUGAAGCACAGGCAAAUUUGAAAGUAGUGCUCUGAGUAUCUUGGAAAAUUAGGAAGAGGAGACUAAAGAAAGAUCAGGUCACUUAUCAGGUCUAUUUGGUGCUACAUUUCACUUUGGGCAGAGAAAAGAAACAAUUCUUGUAAAUAGUUUCAUUUCAUAUCUUAAGAAGAAGAUUGAGAAUGUGAUGUCAUAUUACCAUCUUUAGUAAACAUAUUAGUGUUGUCAUACGUUUCUUCUUAACUCAAGUUCUUAAACUUUAGGUUGUAAACUAACCUAAACUGGUUUUAUAACUUAGGGCAUAAACUGUGGAAAACAGCCAUUUCAUUUUUUACAUGCUAUUAGGAAGCAGAUUUAGAAUACAGUAAUUUUUUUUCCUAAUCAUUUUAUACCUAUUUGUAUGGAGUAUUAGGUAGAGUGAUUAUAUCGACACAGUAGCUGUUUCAAAAUAAAUCUUGUAUUCUGACCUUGAAGCUGAGUGACUAAGGGACCAGUCUUCAAAUUUUCUUUUCCUGCAGCUCCCUAAGGGGGGAGCUGUUGGGGCAUAUUUUGGGCUAUAAGAGUGGGUGCAAAGGGAAGUCCACCUUCUAAAUAGUCAGCUUCCUCUUUCUGGUCAUGAAUAAGAGUGGGUUAGCUUUGUGCUAUGUGCGUACCACAUUUAAUCCAUGUGGAAACCUAGAUUUGUGGUACUGGAGAAAUUUCACUUCUUAAAUCUAAUAUCAAUUUGACCUAAUUACAAGACUUUAUCAAAAAUAUGUUAACAGAGUAAAUUGAUAUUACUUGGCUGAAUUUUGUAGAGCAGGCUUUUACAAAAUUGUAAAACAUUUUUGUUGAUGUUUUAGCAUGUGGCAGUCUCUUUUAAGAUCAGAGGAAGACAGAACAGUAAAUGACUAUAGGGUGCUGGCAAAACAAGACUUAAAACUUCAAAUUGUGUAGCAUAAACAAUGUUAGCAAAUUGAUGUUCACUUUCAGAGGCAUGAAUUUGGGGUUGUGUGGGUUUUUUUAAAUUAAAUACUGUUUCCUACAUUG